CUCAAACGCAAAUAAGCCAUAGCAUAGCAGGGAAGCUAGAAAGCCCAAAGCGUACACUGCAAACACAUGCUGCCGCUGGUGAACAUGCAGGCUCCGCCGGGGAGAGAGAUCAGCAGGCAGCAGCAGAUGAUGACCAAGGUGUCCAUCUCCAUCCUGGUGAUGGCGCUGCCGGUGCUCUACGUCUCCGUCCUCCGCGUGCCGCCGGCCACGCUCUUCCGGGACACCACCUUCUGGUUCCUCAUGUCCAACUCCAUCAUCGUCGUCAUCGCCGCCGACUCCGGCAUGCUCUUCUUCGGCUCCUCCCCGUCCACCUCCCCCUGCGUCGACGACCGCCCCUUCGUCGUCUCCAACUACAACGGCGACGCAGCAGCGGUGCCGCCAAUGGUUAGCGUCUCCAGCGACGAGCCGCUGCUGCCUGUGGUGGUCGUCGAGGACCAACCGUUGGUUGUCGCGAGGGACGUCCUCCUCCAUGGCGACACGGCCGUGGACAGCCAUGCACACGCAUUGGUUGUACGAGGCGAAGAAGGUGUUCGGCCGAAGAUGGCCACGUCCGGCACACCAUCCCAUGCUUACGCCACCGGUGAGGGUGACGACGACGGCGUGACGGUGAAAGCCAGGCUGACGGCGAGCAGGAGCCUGGCGAGGGAGGAGAGGGCGGCAAGGAGGCGGCGGAGCAGGUCCCACUCGCACGCGCUCGUGCCCGACACGGUGGUGGUGCAGGACAAGAGCGUGGUCGUCGUGAGGGACGAGAAGCUCCGGCGCACGGCCACGGAGGGCCGGCGCCCGCCCACCGCCGCAGAGGAGGAGAGCGAGUACUACGCGCGGCUCUCCGACGAGGAGCUCAACCGGAGGGUGGAGGACUUCAUCACCAGGUUCAACAGGGAGAUCAGGCUGCAGGUCGAGAAGGAGGAGCUGCAAGCCUGAUCUGAUCGAUGAAACCUCAGCCCAAAAACGCAACGGGACCUCAGCCGAAGCUUCGUGCCGCCAUGCCGCGACGCGUGUCGCGGCGCGACCAUGUACAUGUUGUUCUUAGGAGGUUGGGGGCAUUAGCUGGCUAGUAACUUAGUAAGGAGCUUCCUCUUUUCUGGGUAGAUCUUCUGGUGCAGAUGGAGUGAGAGUGAGUGAGAGGUACAUCAGCGACAGAGAGAUUGUAGCACUUCGAUGAGGCUUUGUAUUUUGCAUGCAUGAGAACAGUGAAUAAACUAAGAGAGAGGGAGCAAGGGGGAUGGAUUAGCAAUACUAUAUAUGUGCUGUGUCAUUA